AUGGCAUCAAACAACUCUUUUAUCCUCCUUCCUGAAACUGAAGUCACCAGCAAAAAUGACAAAACCACAGUGGAUGUUGAUGCUAUUAUGAACAACAUCACAAUUGUUUUUUACGCAAUCAAUGUAUUUUUGGGCACUAUCGGAAAUGCGGUGGUCAUCUGGAUGUCCGGAUUCCGUCUAAAAGCCAACGUCACCAAUGUCUGGCUGGUCAACUUGGCUGUAGCAGACCUGAUUUUCUGUCUCACUCGUGUUACUUCAUUGAUUAAGAAACUCUUCUAUGAAUUUUGGCCCUUUGGCUGCUUUCUCUGCAAGUUCAAUGGAUUCUUCAAGUACACCAAUAUGUUCUGCAGUGUGUUCAUCCUGACCGUCAUUAGUCUGGAUCGGGCAAUUUGUGUUUGGCAACCGGUGUUCAGCAGGCAGCAGAGAACUGUAUGUGCAGCCAGACUCAUCAGCGUUGGGGUUUGGACAGUGGCAGUGAUCUUCAGUGCACCAUAUUAUGUGUACCGACAAGUGUAUAUUGGAAAGAAAAACUUAAGCAAGUGCUCCUUGGAGUUAUCUGAAGCUGACAACAGAGCUAAGAUGGCCUUGUACAGUGUUCGCUUCUUAUGUGGAUUUUUGUUGCCUUUCCUCAUCAUCCUGACCUGCUAUGUACUAGCUGGUUUAGGAAUACGGCGAACGCGGAUCAUUCGCAAAUCACGGCCCCUUCGAAUGCUUGUUGGAUUGGUCUGUGCAUUCUUCCUGUGCUGGGGGCCUUACCACUUUCUCCUAUUGGUCAAAAUGGUGGACAGCAAGAGCCAAGCAGUAAAAGUGGGCCUGCCCAUAGCUAAGGGUAUAGCUUAUUUCAACAGCUGUGUUAAUCCAAUUUUGUACUUCUUUAUGGGGUUGGACAAGAGACUGUGCUUUAAUCAAAGCCUGUCUCGGGUCUAUGCUAGAGCUCUAGCUGAAGACUUUGAGGUACAAACUUCAUAGUCUAAGGAUUGCACAGGAACAGGAACUGUGGAUGACAGUCUAUUUUAA